CUUCAACCAACGCAUCGCGCGCGUAGCGUACAGUACAUAGACUUCCUAUCAUCAUUGCUUCUUAAAUACCGGCUCCUUACCCCCGACUUUUUCUUUUUCUUUUCUCCAGCAUGACCAUUUUAUAGACUACUACAAAAAAAGAGCAUAAUGAGCAGGGUGCUUCCUGACAUAGGGGACCUGGUGGGCUUCGACCAUGCCGUCGCUGGACACGAUGGAACCCUCACUGACCCCACCGGCGAGCUCUUCGUCAAGCCCUGCACCGCGACCGAAAUCGCCUUCUACGAAUACACCGCCGCGCAUCACCCCGCGUUCGCGGACCUGAUGCCCACCUUCCUCGGCAUGCUCACCCUUUCCGAAUCGCAGACGGCCAUCCUCGAAGAGGCCAGCGCGACCACUCUACCCAAGUCUACGACGCCGCCCGCGCAUGCCGAGCAGCUCGUGCUACACCACAAGUUCAUCAAGACAAAGCGCAUCGUGACGGACCGGGCCCUCGUGCUCGAGAACGCGACACACGGCUUCCGCCGCCCCAAUAUCCUCGAUGUGAAGUUAGGUGUGAGGCUGUGGGCGGAUGAUGCGGCGGCUGAGAAGCGCGCGAGAUUCGACAAGAUUACGGCUGAGACAACGCACGCGUCGCAUGGGUUCCGGGUCGCGGGGAUGCGGGUGUGGCAGGGUGAUGAGGCACCAAGAGGGGGGCAUGUCGAUGCGGAUGGGUAUAAAAUUUAUGAUAAAAAUUAUGGGCGCGAGGAAAUUGGUGUUGAUAACGUGGCGGAUGCGUUUCGGGAGUUUAUAGGGGCGGGGAGGAGUGCUGGCGUGGAUGAGGAGUUGGGGAGGCUGGUGGCGCAGGCGUUUCUGGCGGAGGUGGAGGAGGCGAGGAGGGUGCUGGAGAGUGUGGAGACGAGGAUGUAUUCUUCGAGCUUGUUGUUUAUUUAUGAGGGCGAUGGGAAGGCGUUGAGGGAGGCGAUGGAGGAGGCCACGCGGGUUGGGCGGAGUGCGGCUACGAAUGGGGACGCAGCAGUAGAGGUGUCAACGAAUGGAGUUGGGAUUGAAGAACUCGUCAAUGGGGAUGCAGACGCUGACGACGACGAGGAUGAAGACGAAGAGGUUCUGCCCAAGAUCUACAGUGUCAAACUCAUCGACUUCGCGCACGCCGAGUUCGUACCUGGCCAAGGCUCAGACGAGAACUCGCUCAAAGGGAUCAGGAGCGUCGCCGAGAUUCUACGCAGCAUUGGAGAGGAGGAAAUAGGAAAGGCGAAGAAAAGCACUGCAUGAGCGAGAUGGCGCUAUUGGCUCGUCGCAUUGAAGCUUGCAUGGCAUACGAUGAUUUCUCUUCUUUCGCAUAUGCGUCUCUCCCCACCCGUCUGGACGGGCCGACGCAUCAGGUGUGUCUCUUUUUCUCGCGCACUCAUCUCAUCUCAGGCCGUCUCUGUGGUAGGCUACUCUGGUCAUGGGAAGGGUUAUGAAGACAAUGAAAUGCUGGAGACGGGGAAAAGAAAAACAGGCUGGACUUGUAUAAAGCGUGAUGAAACCGCUACAAUGACCUAGAAACCACAAAUAAAUAGAACCUAUCCCACACACGAGGCUAGAUCAUGAGUAACCAGUAUAAAAUAUGAAGCAAAAAAAGAAG